AUGACCAUUGCAAACCAGCUCACCAACUCCAACCCAAAGACCGUUAGAAUAUUUGUCAUUAGACACGGUCAAACAGAUCAUAAUGUUAAAAAGAUCCUUCAAGGACAUCGUGAUAUCGAUAUCAAUGAGAAUGGAGAACAACAAGCCAAAAAAGUUGGUGAACGAUUCAAGACUGUACCAUUAGAUGGGUUUAUUACUUCUGAUUUGAUCCGUUGUCGUAAAACGGCAGAUGAAAUCCUUGUGUACCAACCAGAGUUGAACCCGAAGGUGAAGGUAACUGAAGACUUAAGAGAAAGAAAUAUGGGACCAGUUGAGGGAAUGUACAUCCAAGAUGCCAUUGCCAAAUAUAGUGAAAACUUUAGAAAUUUAGGAGAAAAGGAAGAGCAACUUGUUGAACGAGUUGGGAGACAAUGGGACGAUAUUAUAGAUGAGAGUAUAGAAAAGGGAUACCAAAACUAUGGAUUUUGUACCCACGGGGGUGUGAUCACUACAUUCACAAAUUACCUUCAUAGAUCAGGCUACACUCUUAGUACUAAUUUAACAGCGGACAAAUUGAAAGUUCCAUUUAAUACUUCCGUGACCGUUAUAGAUAUUGACAAAGAAUCAAGAGCUGGUCAUAUUCAAUUAUUUGGGGAUACUGCCCAUUUGGGAGCACAAUUAGAAGUUAAAGACCAAAAUGUACGUUAG